AUGCACCAUUCAAAAUGGCUUCCAAUGAUGUGGAAGUGGAAGAUUACUUGGAACAGUGAACGAGAUUUCCCGUCUUAAUUUUGACUUUUUGUCGUGAGAGGAGCACGUUUUGGCCAAUUUCUGAUUAUGGAUACACAGAAAACAAAUCCCUUGUAUAGCUCACCGUACGGAGGUGUUCCUACAUUUUCGAGUGGAGCGUUACCAACAACUUUUUCACCUAGCGGAAUGGCAGCUUCUGCUGCGCCAACUGCGCCAACGAUAUCAACUUCCACAGCGGCCGCAUCAACUUCGCAGACGUGGCAGAAUGAUUUUGAGUUUGUGUCAGAUGAUGACCUUACCUCAGCUUCAGAAGCGCCCACGGGACAAACUGGCGACGUUCAGCUAGACAUGGGAGACAUGCAGUACACUGAUGCUACAUCCACAGACUUCAAGGCACAGUCGGGAAGUAGUGCCUCACAAUUCCUGCAGAACAAGGGCUACGGCUGGCUGCUGGAGGUGGAAGAUGUCGACGAUGACAAUAAACCUUUGCUCGAAGAGCUCGACAUUGACCUGAAGGAUAUUUACUACAAAGUGCGCUGUGUGGUGUUCCCCUGCCCCUUCCUGGGCUUCCAGAGGCAAAUCCUGAGGGAAAGCCCUGACUUCUGGGGUCCACUCCUGGUAGUUCUCCUCUUCUCUGCAGUCUCCCUCUAUGGACAGUUUAGGGUGGUAUCGUGGAUCAUAACUAUCUGGAUAUUGGGUUCUCUCAUCAUCUUCCUUCUUGCUAGAGUCUUGGGUGGAGAGGUCAACUAUUCCCAGUGUCUUGGUGUGAUUGGUUACUCGUUACUUCCUCUCAUCAUCACGGCUACCACGUUACCGUUACUGGGCACCAUUCCCUACGUUGGAUUUGUUGCAAAGUUUGCUGGGGUUCUGUGGGCUGCCUACAGUGCCGGAUCCUUACUCAUACAAGACAGUCUUGCCCACAAGAAACCUCUCCUUAUUUAUCCCGUCUUACUCUUAUACAUAUAUUUCUUCUCUUUGUACACCGGUGUAUAGACAACAGCUUAACGUUUAUAUUAAAGCCAGAUUUUAUAAAAACGCUGCAACAGCGAACAUUGCUGUAACAAAAUCAGGGAAAAAAUGUUGCAACCUGACGCCACUGUUUUCUUCAUAUAUCAUCUCAAUGAAGGUCAGUCAUUGUAAAAAUGAUGAUAAGACACGA